AAGUUAUCAUGUUACCGUAUGUGGCUAGUAGCUAAAGCUAGAAAGGUUGUCAUCAUCAUCAGACCCAAACGCUUGUUUAACUUAAGCCACAAGUUGGUGGAUAUUUAAUUUUUGAGCAUCUGUCUGUGCACAUUGUGCACGAAGAUGAGAGUCGGAUAGAAACAUUGCCAUGUCGUUUUAAUAAACUUCUGUCGAGCGACUACUUUUUUUUUUUUUUACCUGAGGGGAGAAUCUAUGCUGAGCCGUUCUAUCAGGUAGAGCGAGUUUCCCGCUCCCAGUUGUAUCCAUGGAAACAGCUGCGUACUUGGCAAAGUCAGUGUUGUUCAUAUGUCAAUACCUCAUUCACAAAUGAAAAAUCCUGAAGCACCGCAUUAAUGCAUCUAAAUAAAACUUCCAUGACUAACUAAGUUGUGUCUUUAAGAGAUGGGCUCAGAAAACCCAGACGAGUUUGGCCCCGCUGUGAUCCUCGAAGAGGAAGAUGAGCAAGAAAUCGGAGGGCUCAUCAACUCCGAUGGGGAGGAAGUCGAUUUGUCUGAUCUCGGACAGAGUGCCAUCCCCGGAAUUGUAAUAACCAAUGCUCCCUCAAAGACAUUCGAUCAGACUGAGAAUGAAAAGCAACCGUCUCUCCACAGCUGCUCGGUGUGUGGCAAAGACUUCCCUUAUGCCUCUAAACUCCAGCGCCACCUACGCACUCACUCAGGUGAGAGACCUUUCCCCUGCUCCAUGUGUGAGAAGAGAUUUCCAGAGAAAGGGCUUCUCAUGAUUCACGAAAGGGUCCACACUGGGGAGAAGCCGUUCCCAUGCACUUUCUGUGAGAAGCGCUUUGCCAGUCAGGGUGAGCUCAGGCUGCACCGGCGGACACACACCGGUGAGAGGCCGUAUCACUGCUCCAUCUGUUUGAAGAGCUUUUCUCGUCACUGGCAUCUGAAAACACACUUGGAGGCAAUGCACUCUGAGGUCGUCGCUGGCUUUAGUAGGAAGAAGUUCCCGUGUUCAGAUUGUGAUAAGAGCUGUAACUCAGCAGCUGAGCUGAGAGAUCAUCAGAGAACUCACACUGGAGAGAGGCCCUACCAGUGCUCUUACUGUGACAAGCGGUUUGCGUUGUCUGGUACGCUUGUCAGACACGAGCGUCUCCAUACUGGCAUCACACCGUAUCACUGCUCUGACUGUGGGAAGACAUUUGCACAGCAGUGGACGCUGACAACACACAUGCGGACGCACACAGGAGAAAAACCUUACAGCUGCACGCAGUGCAACAAGGCCUUUGUAGCGCCCGGAGAACUUCGGAGACACACAAGAAUUCACACAGGAGAAAAGCCGUACACCUGCAUGGACUGCGGGAGGCACUUCUCUCUUGCAGGAACUCUGAGAAACCACAAACGGUCAUGUACACAGAACAAAAACGAAUUACCGACCGGUGUCACCUCUGACCCAGUUCAAGGUCCAGUUGGUGAAUCAUCCCAGCAAGACCUGACCGACAACGUCACGUCUGAGGUGUCAGACACACAGAGCUCACCCAGUUCAGUUCAUCCCGGCUCCUCAGAGAGUGUGAAUUGUGACGAAGCUGCUCAGUGUGAGAACGACCAGAGUGAACCAGAAGAUCAGAAGGCUGAUUCCGUGUCCAGUCCACACAUGAAUGUAGUAGUUAAAGAGGAGGAGGAAGAGGAACCUUUGUGUGAAGAAGUUCCUGAACAGGUUUCUGGGAGCGAGGAUUGUACCACGAUGAAGGAAACUGAAGAGCAGCAGCAGGACAGCAACACAGAAAUUUUGAUUACAGUAAAGGAAGAAGAAGAGGAGCCUGUUGACAUGAGUGGCGAAGAUCCUUUCAAUGUUCCUGACAGUAAAAAAGAGAGUCCUCCAGCAUCACCGGUGCAGAAGCAGUUGAAGAACAAUCGGACAAAGAGCUCUUACUGCUGUGGGCUCUGCGGACGAGACUGUCACAAGAUGUCAGCGCUGCAAAUCCACAUGAGAAUUCACUCGGGAGAGAAACCGUAUCAGUGCACUCUGUGUGGGAAGCAGUUCACCCAGAAAGGUCAACUCAAAGGUCACCAAAAAGUCCACACAGGUGAGAAACCGUUUGCCUGUCCAGACUGUGGGAAGAGCUUUGCCCACUCGGGAGCCAUGAACAGACACCGGCUCACACACACGGGAGAAAAGCCCUACCACUGCUCCAUGUGCAACAGGAGCUUCAACCAGUCUGGCCGCUUGAGGGAACACGAGAAAAUUCAUUUUGGGGAGAAGUUUGACUGUCCCGAGUGCAAAAAGAGUUUCACGAGAGCUUCAAGCCUCAAGAACCAUUUCAGGCUCCACACAGGAGAGAGGCCGUAUGCCUGCAGCAUCUGCGGGAGAGGAUUCAGCCGCUCACAAAGCCUGAGGCUCCACAAACGAAAGCACGAGCUGAUACAGACUGAAGAGGGGGAGGAGGAAGAAGAGGAGGAGGAGGAGGAAGAAGAGGAGGAGGAGGAGUCUGCCUACAACGAGAAAAAUGACGAAUUCUCACAGAGUGACGACAACUCCCCGAUUAAUAUGUGUGUAACAGACAGAAACGACUUAUAAUGUAUUUAUGUAAACUGCACAGUAACGUGUCAGUGGUACUAUCACAAGUACAAGAUUAUACUCAGUUGCACAUGUACUGUGACCGAAGUAAGUGACUACCUCUGUGAAUAUACAGUUAUUGAGAAUUUAAGUGGUGCUUCAGCCAAGGUGUAUUUAAGCUAAAAUAUUUAAGUCCCAGAAAAAGGUGCAGACAAAUGAACUCUUACCGACACAAACCUUUUGAUGUUCGGCAACUAGAAACGCAGUUCCAUACAAAAACGCUAAAUAACUAUUUAACACAACUUUAAUGAAAUUGUUGAAACGGUUUAGAAGAUAAGAAUGAAGGCAUCAUGUCUACUCUUGUUUGUCCCUCUCGCCUUUGUCAGUUGUAUUGGAAUAUCAUAGUAUUUAUGGUAGUACAAAUGAGAUAACUUUACUGUUUGUGAUUCCAAUUAUUGUCCAUGCAGUAUUUUAUUUUUUGUCAAAAUAAUUGUGUAUGUGAAAAUUUGACUGAAGAGUAAUUGUGUUUUUUUUGUAUCAGAUGUCAAUGCAGCCACUGAGACGUUUAAAAAUCAGGUGAAGCUGGAAAUAAUUGUUUGGGAAAUGUGCCCAGUAGUGUACUGAAAUGGUGGCAUAAUAAUAAUAUUCAUCAGGUGUUUGCCAGAACCGUUUGCCUUAGUGGUGAUUUAAUUUUCAUGUCUGUUAUGUUAUGUUGCAGCUACUGAAGAACCAAAUAACUAAAAAGCGGUUCACCUGGUUUUAAACAGCUCUUCAAGGCCAAAUAACCAUUGUGAAUGGGUAAAGUGUUUGCACAGCAGCCAUUUUGACAUGUGUAGCAGGAAAAGCACAGGUAAUACUGAUCCACAUUAACAAUAACAUUGUAUGUUAGUUUGAUUAUUUACACCUGUGAUAUUCAUACUGUGAUUAGUCAAAAUGUCUUCAGUGCAAAAGGACCGUAUAGGAAUCAUCCUGAUAUGAAAAGCCAAUCAUUUGAAGCCAUGGACUGUACAUGGUUAAUUUUGCCCAGUGCUGCCUCUGUCUAAGUGUAUGGAACAUGUUAUACUGAUCAAUAAAAAUAUACAUUUUA